GCAUAAGUUUCCUAUGAAUCAGUCACUACAAAACAACUCUGCUGUCAUCUCACACUUGACACUGUACCGCGGGCAAGUUUGUUUUCUUUUUAAUUUAUUGUUUGUUUUAAUUACAUCACGUGUCUCGGUUGGAAAAAUGCCCUGCAACAAAAUCUACGGCAUAUUAUGCUUCAUCGCUCUGACGAAGAUUGCUCUGUCCAAUGAAGAAACCGACGUUGAAUGUGAAAAAAAUCAGGACUGCCCCAAGGGCACAUAUUGCUACAAGGAAAGUGCGCUUUACAAAUGUGUACCAUGUUCAAGCUGUAUACGCUUCUUUAGGAAAAAUUCUACAUUUGAUGACUGUCCUCAAAGGCCAGAACAGUGUGGUGAAUGCAUUGCUGGAUACCAUUCGCCAAAGCUUACAGAUGGCUCAGAAACAAACACUUGUACAUUAAUUGAUUCAAUUGAAGAUGAGAAAUCUACACUUUCAAGUUCAAAUUACAAAGUAUUUGAAAACUUGUUUUUUUGGUUGCUACUUCUUGUAUUCCCCUGUAUACUCAUUCUGCUAGUAGUUAUUUUCUUUACAAGAAAAAAAUGCCUCAAAUGUGCUACGAAGGGAGCGAUGCCAGUUAUUUCCGAAAUGGAAAGACUGUUCAUUUCACCAAGGUUGCCUCCUCCUUUUUAUCAAAGUGCUUCACUGGACAAUAUUGACGAUAACGAAGAUGAAAUACAACCCAAUACAUCUAGUCUUCCUUUUGCCAGCGAAAUAGAAAUCGUCAGUACAGGAGCAUUGCACACUCAAGUUCAAUGCGAAUUCGACAGAAAAGUUCAAGCCAGCAAUUAUAAGAUCCCACUUCAUAUGAAUGAAGAGUCAGUGCCUGAGCAAGCAGAGCAAGUCGAAGAAGAAAAUUUACCAGAAAUAUAUGACGAUAAUACUCAACCUAGCACAUGGAGACCUUUCGCUGAGAAUCUAAGCAAAGAAGGGCGAAAGGAAUGUAUUGGGGGAGAUUUAAAUUCUUACAUUUUAUCUACAGACAUAAGUGAUCAAGAUCAACAACAGGGAGAGAGCGAAAGCACUGCAGCAAAUUCUGGAGGUGAAGAAAUACGACAUUUUGCCAUGAUCUCUGCCGAAUCUUCUAAUUCCAUUCCUGCGCCCGAAAUCGAACAAGAUCAAAAAAUUGAAGAAAAGUGAAUCAUUUUGACAUUUUCCUGUGAUCUCCAAGGAAACUGAAAAACUUCCUUCUCCUGAAUCAGUGUAACAGAGAUAAU